UUGUCAUCAAAAUUUUUUUCACAAUUCUCUCAAUUUAACAUUGAAAAUGGUGAAAAUCGCAGUUGUCGGCUGCGGAACGAUAGGAAUUAAAGUUGCUGAAGAAUUAUCGUAUCAUGGCCACCACAUAGCUUUACAUGACUCAGAUAAAGAAAAACUGGAUGAAGCUAAAAAGACUAUUUACACUGACAAGAUGAAUUUAAUUGAGGAAGGCUUUCCUUCCAAUUAUGUUAAUAAGGGUACUAUAAUUUACCUGGAUAGUCUAGGAAAAGCUGUUCAGAAUGCAGAAUUUGUCUUUGAAUAUGUUGCAGAAGAUGUUAUUGUUAAACAGAAUUUAUUCAAAUUAAUAGCAGAUCACAGUCCCAUAACAUGCAUCAUCUGUUCUGGCACGUUAUCAAUUGAUGUCAACGAGUUGUUUGAGGAUAUUCUAGUGCCUGAACGGACAUUAGGUCUUCGUUUCAUCUACCCCGUGACCUUUGUGCCCAUGUUGGAGGUCAAGGUCAACAGGUUCACGUCGUCUGCUGCCCUCGAAAUGGUCAGUAACUUAUUGAAGGACAUGGACAAGACCAUGGUUUACAGGUCACACAAAGACCAGCCAAUCACAGUGACCUAUCAGGAGUCACGUGACUUCCGGCUAGAAAGUAAUAAAUUAAUAAAAGAAUAUGAAAAUGACAUCAAAGAAUAUGAAAUAUCAAAAGUAGCGGUGAUUUUAAAAAUAAUGAGAGACGGAGAAGGAGAGGGAAGCAAACAGAACAUACAUGCAGACAGACAGGCAGAACAUACAGACAAGCAGACACACAGAGAGACAGAACGUAGAGACAGGCACGAGUUGUGCUUCAUGGCUUUGAGAAAGUUGUCUCUGGUAGUCUUCGUUGUCCUGCUUGCUUCCUACCAUCCAACGGCAGCAAUUGAAAGAGUGAAUGAAACAAUUCUAAAGCUCUGGAAUUAUAAAGGGUGCUAUAGGCUCAUAUUAGAAAACUUUGCUACUAUUUUAGAAGAUUCUACGUUAAUUGAAUGUCGGAAAGAGUGUAUUACCCACAACUACUAUGGCAUAGGCAUAAUGAUAGAAGAAAUGUGCUUAUGUCAAAAAAGUCUUAAGGACAAAGUCGUUGAUACGAAAUGUGAUAAACUUUGUUCUGAUGGCUUUCCGUGUGGAGGGAAUAAAUUCAUUUCUUUAUAUGAAAAGAACACCGUCAUUCCGGUCGGAUGUUUUACAGGUAUAAACGUUCAACCGAGAACGGUGAUGUCAUCGACUCCUUCUGAUUGCGUACAAACAUGCUUCGAACAUAUGUAUAAGUAUAGCACUUUCAAUAGUUCUGUCUGCAUAUGUGGAAAUGAUUUCAAAACGGAGAAUCAGAUGAAACUUGCUGAUUGUGAUGAUGAUAAAAGAAUUUUUAAACUCUUUGACGUUUCUCUGGAAACAGAAAAGCACAACAUCUCAACAAUAUACCAAUACUGCCUGAAUAAUGUAGUUGAGAGCAAAAAGAGUUAUUGUACAUCCACAGUUUGUUUGCCAGGCUGGAGCGGAAAGCUUUGCAAUCAGAAAGGAAUGACAUUACCUGAAUUAAAUGAAAUUACAACGAGCUCCUCAAGAACACCGAAUGUGACUGACCGAAUCUCUAACGUUCCAAUAAUAUCGAAUGUGACUGACCGAAUCUCUAACGUUCCAAUAAUAUCGAAUGUGACUGACCGAAUCUCUAACGUUCCAAUAAUAUCGAAUGUGACUGACGGAACAGACGUGGAAACACCAGCAAGUGAUCCCAUCACUUCAUGUGAAGAAAAUAAUGGAGGAUGUGGUGAGGACGUCUGUGUUGAGGUUCAAGGUGAUGUAUUUGAUGUUCAAGUCAAGUGCAAUCCGCCAGAUGAAGAAAUAUUCACAGUACCCGGAGUUUAUGAGAAUUCAAGCCUCGAUAAACCUAAGAGCGACUGGAAUUACAAGGGUUGUUUCAACAAAGUGCAGUCUUCUAAGGAGCUGAUGAUUAUUUCAGUAAAAUCGUGUUUUGAAUAUUGUAAAGAAACAUCAUUCUACGCAAUGAAUAUUAAAAGAUUUUUUGAAUUUAAAAAAUUCAGGAUGGUCGGUUAUGCACAUGUACCAACAGUGUUGAGAAUGAAGCUGGUGCCGACAAAUGCAAUAAGAAAUGUUCAGAUGGGCUGUCGUGUGGGGGAAAAAUCAAAUCAAUCAAUUGCGAUUGGCUGUUUCAAAUACCUGGAACUUGAGCACAAACAUGAUCAAUUAUUAAGUAAAGCUUUUUGUUUGGACAAAUGCAAGGAGCUUGGGUUUCCGUACAGCGGGACCAGAGAUGAAACAUGCCAAUGCGGAAGAAAAAUAGAAUUCAAAGACCAGUUGAACAAGGAACAAUGCGAAGAACCUUCUGUGUUCGCUCUCCUUUCUGACGUUUCGCCGGAUUUGGAUGCUCAAGGAAAACCGACAAAAUACAACUACUGCAUGAAUGAUAAGAUAGAAAGUAAGCAAGCUUACUGUAAAACUGGUCAUUGCAAAAUAGGCUGGACUGGAGCACUCUGUGAUAAGAGAAAUUGCGGUGUUAAUAACGGUGACUGUGGCAAGGAAAUGAUGUGUGUGCAAGAAAUAGUAAACAAUAUCAUGUUUGAAAAAUGCCUGUGCGGAAAAGGUUUUGUAACAACCAUUGAAUCUCAAUGUAAAACACGUAGUGGGCACGAAAAAUCUUUACAUUUUCUGCAACUGCAGUGCUACCAUUCUUAA